CGCGGGCCCCGCCCAAGGUUCAAUGAAUGAAUUAGCCGCCACCGCCAUGGCAGGAGAUGGAAAAUUUAUCUCCUGACAACGUUUUUACCCUUUCUAUAAAGCCUCGUCCCCGUCUUCUAGCGAGUGAAGUCCACACUCCACAGUGAGCAGCAGGAAUUCAGCGCACGCCCUCUCGGCUCUCGCAUUCCAAGGGUCCUCGCCACGCUAGCUAUCAGUUCAACGCACGCCUCCCACAUUCCGGCCGGCACAUUUCCUGUUGUCUCCGAUGGGUGACGCCGCUACUGCCGCCGCCGCCACUCUCGGCCUGACCUGGCCCAACGCCGCCGUCGAACUGCCUCAGAUCAGCUUUGCAGCUAAGGACAGCGAAUUCUCGGACUGGGACGGCGACAUACUCGCGGUCGCCGUGACGGACAAGGACGUGCAGGUGCAGCCCCACGUCUCGGGCUCCGAGUUCGAGAACGCCGUCCUGAGGAGGCUCGACGUCCAGCUCGGCGGCCUCCUGCGGGCCGCGGCGGCAGAGGAGGAGUUCGCCGGCAGGCCCGGGCAGUCGGUGGUUCUCCGCGUGCGGGGGCAGCGGUUCAAGCGGGUGGCUCUCGUCGGUUUCGCCGCCCGCGACCGCGACCGCGACGCCGGGUGCCUGCAUGGCCUAGGCGAAUCCGUCGCGUCAGUUGCCAGGGCUGCUCGGGCCACCAGCGCCGCCAUCCUUGUCGCCGACCCCGCUGUGGUCCGACCGGAGUCCAGGCUGAAUGCUGCCGCGGCAAUUGCUUCUGGAACUGUGCUUGGACUGUACGAGGACAACAGAUACAAGUCCGAGUGGGAAAAGGUGCAUCUGAAACAGGUAGACCUGAUUGGGCUGGGAUCUGGGCCGGAGCUGGACCAGAAACUUCGCCAUGCUAACCGUCUUUCGUCAGGGGUCAUGCUUGCGAGAGAUCUUGUGAACUCUCCUGCCAAUGUCCUUACCCCUGGUGCUCUCGCGGAGGCGGCGGCGAAGAUCGCUUCGACGUACAGCGACGUGUUCACAGCCACGAUACUAGAUGCGGCGAAAUGCAGGGAACUGAAGAUGGGCUCGUACCUGGCAGUCGCAGCGGCCUCUGAGACAAACCCGCCUUACUUUAUCCACCUGUGUUACAAACCCCGCGGUGGUGACGUCAGGAGGAAGCUGGCUCUUGUUGGGAAAGGCAUAACAUUUGACAGCGGCGGCUACAACAUCAAGGCCGUACCGGUCGCCACCAUCGAGCUCAUGAAAAAGGACAUGGGAGGCGCGGCGGCGGUGUUUGGUGCAGCAGAGGUUUUGGGACAGAUCAAGCCGCCUGGAGUCGAGGUCCACUUCAUAUCUGCCGCGUCUGAAAAUAUGAUCAGUGGCUCAGGCAUGAGACCCGGCGACAUCGUGACUGCUUCCAAUGGAAAGACCAUCGAGGUAGAUAACACGGAUGCGGAGGGGAGGCUUACACUGGCUGACGCUUUGGUCUAUGCUUGUAACCAAGGUGUUGACAAGAUUAUUGAUCUGGCGACGUUAACGGGUGCUAUUCGUGUCGCGCUUGGGCCCAGCAUCGCUGGGAUUCUAACGCCAAGCGACGAGCUAGCGGAGGAAUUCGCGGCCGCCUACGAGGUCUCCGGGGAGAAGUUCUGGAGGCUGCCGAUGGAGGAGAGCUACUGGGAGUCCAUGGAGUCCAGCAUCGCCGAUAUGCUCUGCGCCGGCCCUUUGCAGCCCCAGGCCGGCGCUAUCACUGCCGCACUGUUCCUCAAACACUUUGUCGAUGACAAGGUUCAGUGGAUGCACAUCGACAUCGCCGGCACGGUCUGGAGCAACAAGAAGCGGGCGGGUACUGGCUUCGGAGUCACCACCCUGGUGGAGUGGGUUCUCAGCAACUCGUCGUCCUGAACAGACCCUUUGAACAAUUCAAAUCCCAUCCGAUCCUUUCUUUGUCAGUCGGAAGUUGUGAGCCCAAAGCGUCGCAUGGCACUGCGAUAGAAUAAGCAAAAAACUAAUUAAGCAUCAUUGGUGAAUGCUGCCAUGCAUGGGCACAACCCGUCAUUCUCAGUAUUACUAAUGUCUUACUAGGGUCGUGCCCGUGCGUUGCAACGGUUUUAAUAUAUCUCAUGAUAGACCUUUAAUAAUGAUGCAUGUUUAAAUUUCAA